AUGCACGAGGACAGUUUACUGCGAGACUGAUAGGUAAUAGGUACUAUGACUGCAUAAAGGGCACCACUAGUUGAAACGCAGGCCGUCAUUAAGAACGAUCAACCACGCGUGUGAUCUCAGUGUUGUCAAGAUGGGAGGAGAACUAUUUGUGGUGUUUGUUUUAGUUAUUAUUUUUGUUACUAAACUGUCCGUGUUAAUAAGUAAAACAUCUUGCAAAUCGAAGGUUCCCAUGAGAGGUAAAGUUAUUAUAGUGACAGGAGCUAAUAGCGGAUUAGGGUUCGAAACGGCCAAAGACCUGGCGAAACGUGGAGGUCGAGUGAUCAUGGCCUGCCGGAACGAGCACCGCGCGCUGGCAGCCCGCGACCUCAUCAUCGCCGAGACCGGCAACUCGGGAGUCGUGUACAAGCACCUCGACAUGUCGUCCCUGGCGUCGGUGCGCCGGUUCGUCGAGGACGUCACCAGCACGGAGAAGCGACUGGACGUCCUCAUCAACAACGCAGGAGUCAACGGCUGCGGGGAUCGUUUCACAGAGGAUGGCAUUGUCGAAGAAAUGCAAGUCAAUUACUUCGGAAUAUUUCUUUUGACUCUUCUCCUUGUACCUUUACUAAAGAAAACUGGGGAAAGCCGAAUAGUAAACGUUAGUUCGACUUUACACUUUUUUGGGAGAAUUAAUUUUGAACACAUAAACAAGAAAGGCUACUACUUGGACAUGUUUACAUAUAGCAACAGCAAGUUGUGCACAGUAUUGUUUACCGUUGAGUUGGCUCGAAAGCUGAAAGGAUCAGGUGUCACGGUGAAUGCCGUUCACCCUGGGAUCAUCAUGACUAACAUUACUGCGGCAUCGUGUGCACUAGAACGUCUUUUGUUUUCUUCUCUCUGUUGGAUUUCUUCAAGAAAUGUGGUGGAAGGAGCUCAAACAAUUAUUUAUUUAGCGGUUGCGAAAGAAGUAGCCACAACCACCGGAAAGUACUUUAUAGAUUGUAAAGAGAGCUAUAUGACUAGAAAAACUAAAAAUAAGAAACUUAUUACUGAUCUGUGGAAUUACUCAGAAAAACUAGUGGGCUAUGAAGAACUAAAAGACCAAGUGACGUGCCAAACUUAAUAUGUCAGAAAAAAUAGACCUCAUUAUUUAAAACUUAGUUAAAUAAAUAAAUAUUAUAGGAUAUAGAUUUACUGAGUGAA